AUGGAAGUGGGUCUCAAGUCAUUUGGAGCUGUAUUGGAGAGUUAUGAUCAAUCUACUGGAGGCAUAUCAAUACUCGAACACAGUACGCCUGGGAGCGGGGUGACGGAGCGGGGUUACGACCCCGCUGUGUAUCCAGAGCGGGGUGACGGAGCGGGGUUACGACCCCGCCGGGUUUACACAGAAAUGGAGGAAAAACGGCUGGAGCGGGGUUGUGACCCGGAUCCUUUUGACCACUUGGACAAGUUUGAUAGCUACUGUGGUUUGUCCAAGACCAAUGGAGUGUCAGAAGAUGCUUUGAAGCUCAAGCUCUUUCCUUUCUCUCUGGGAGACAAGGCAAGACAGUGGGAGAAGUCUCUCCCAAGCGACUCUAUCACUACUUGGGAUGAGUGCAAGGAAGCCUUUCUAGACAAGUUCUUCUCCAUCUCCAGGACAGCUAAGAUCAGGAAUGAGAUCUCUGGGUUUCAGCAGAGAAACUUAGAAAGUUUCAGUGAAGCAUGGGAGAGGUUCAAAGGCUACCAAGCUCAUUGCCCACACCAUGGCUUCUCCAAAGAAAGCUUGUUGAGUACCUUCUACAGGGGAGCUAUACCACAGUGUAGAAACAGACUUGUUACAGCCAGCAAUGGAUUCUUCUUGGGCAGAAACGAGGUGGAUGCAGAGGAGCUGAUAGAGAACAUGGCCAAGAGUGACUCAGUAUACAGUGAGGAUCAUGAUAGAAUCAACAGAAGUGAUGAUCAGCAGACCAAGAAAGAGCUCAAGUCUUUGGAAGAGAAGCUGGACCUACUUCUUGCCAACAAAGCUAAGCUGGAUCAGAUGAAAUCAGUUGGGGAACAGCAACAACAACAGGUUGCUGAGAUCAAGAAGAUUGAUGGCUUGGAAGGACAUGAAGAGGUGUGCUUUAUAAACAACAAUGGAACUUGGUAUAGGAAAGAGCCCAACUUUCAAUACCAAAACAACUACCAGCAAAAGCCCCUCUACAACAACCAACAAGGUGGUUAUCAGAGCAACCAGCCUACUCAAGCUAGAGGAAGCUCUUCUCAAGCUCAAGUUCCAAGUUCAACCACGGAAUCUAUGUUCAAACAAAUCCUAGAAGCUCAAGGAAAAUUUGCUAAGGACAUUGGAGAUGAGUUCAAGGCUGUUCAUGCCAAGAUUGAUGGAACUUAUUCUGACCUCAACAACAAGUACAUGCAACUUGCCUCUCACGUCAAAGCUUUAGAGAGCCAGGUUGCUUCCAAGAUUGAGUCUAGAUCAUAUAGAUUGCAUUCACUUGCAUAUGGAGCAGCUGUUGAUAAUGCCUUGUAA